GAGAGAAAUGGGCCAAUGGGCGCAUUUUCGAGAUCUCUCUUCAGCGGUGCUCUCUGGUCUCUCCUCUCUCUCUUCUAUCAUAUGCACAUGUGUACUACACAUGUGUCGAUUAUGAUGACUGUUUGAAUUCCUCUUUCUUUUUGUUGGCUGGAGAUGAAAACCUUCUCAUCAUUUUCUUCUGUUUUCUUCGCUUUUGAUUUUGUUGGGCACACUGUUACUGUUAGCAUGGAAAAUCAUGCUGCUGACUCAGUUCGGAAUACAUCAGCAUGUAAGCAACCCGAAAGUAGAAUUGCGAAGGACCAUUCUAUUAACUAGAAGGGAUUGGACUUCAAUUGAUUAGACAUCGGUGAUCUAGCUAUUUCUUCCUGUUUACUGCUUGAGCUAUUCUUUUGCUGGUGGGGCUGUUCCAAUGUCCGCCUAUGCUCAUCAAAUGGAGCGCGAGUAUUCCACCCAAAGCCUUUCUUCUAGUAGAGGAGGUUCUGAUAUGGGGAGCCAUUAUGUGGUGGAGUCGGGGAUCUAUAUGACAUCUUUUGCUGCAACCAUCUUCAUUGGUGCGCUUACUACCAUUGGGGUUUUGCUAAUUACUUUGCUGAUUGCAUUGGUGGUAAUGUUGCAAUCCUGUCAAAUAGAGAGGUCAGGAGCUGUCGACUCGUCAAAGUCUAGUGAUUAUUACAGUUAUUGCAAGAUUUUCACUCUUCAUGCGGAGAUCAACAGCUUGGAAGUAAAUGAAUUCCCUUCAGUUUGCAAGGAUUUUGCUAUUCAGUACAUAAAAGAAGGUCAAUAUGCAAAAGAUUUUAAGUUUACUAUGUGGUUAGCUGAGAAAUACUUCAGUACUGUCACACCCCUGGGUGAUGGUCUAGAUGCACUUUUGUUGGAUAUAGAUGAUUUCCACUCAUCAAAUCCUCUUUACAACAAUCUGUACAGAUUUGAUCAAAAUGGAUGUAAUGAAUGCAUUGAAGAGACCAAAGAUCUAAAACACAAGCUUAUUCUAAGAUUUUGCAUGAAACUUCAAGCUGGUGGGUGGUCUUUGAUUUUGCUAUCAAGGAAGCCUGAGAAACAACGAAAUGCCACCAUAGAGCACCUUACUACUGCAGGAUACCGGAAUUGGUCUUCAUUGAUUAUGAGCAUUCUUGCAGGUCAGAUGAUGAAAUGCAAAUGGAUACUCAUGAAUAUUUUUCCAGACAAAGGGGCGUAAUACAGAAAGAGGGCUUCCGAAUAACAGCUGUGAUUAGCGGUCAUAUGGAUGCUCUGACAGGCCCAAGUUUAGGGAAACGCAUAUUCAAGCUUCCUAAUCCAAUGUAUUACAAGUUUGAUGAUCACAUUGAAAGCGCCAAUCUACUGAAGUAGGAUCAUGUUCCAAGGUGAUUGUAACCUGUUAGAGAGUAUUCCAUUGUAUAGUUGUCUCUUAUCAUAUUCCAAGUAUUGGCCCUGCUUGAAUCUUCUAUUAUAUGUAUAUUAUUGUUACAAUCAAUUUGAUGUCCUACAGAAAUUCGUCGCU